AUGGACUCGGGGGGUCCUCCUUCCGCCGCUCUAGGCAGCAGCAGCAGCAGCAGCAGCAGCGCUGGCGGCAAGAAUGACAGCAGCAGCAGCAAAAGCAGCAGCAGCAGCAGCAGCAGCAGCAGUGUAGAGCAGCUCUAUUGGGCGCUGCGGCGUCUGCCCCGCAGCGCGUGGCCUCGGGCGAUGCAGCGGCUGCCGCCGCAGCAGAAGCAGCAGCUAAAGGAGUUCAUUCUGCAGCAAACAAAACAGCAGCAGCAGCAGCAGCAACAGCAGCAGCAGCAACAGCAGCAGCAGCAGCAGCAACAGCAACAGCAGCAGCAGCGAGAAACUCCUGAUCUGGACCCCGCUGGAGCAACACAACUUUAUCAUCCUGCUGCUGCUGCUGCUGGGAGCAGCAGCAGCAGCAGCAACAACAACAGCAACAACAGUAACAGCAGCAGCAGCAGCAGCAGCGACCAGGCCAGUAGCAGCAACAGCAACAGCAACGACUUAGCAGCAGAAUCUGCAGCAGAUGGAGGGAAGGGGAACCUUUUGUUGCAGCAGCAAGGCCACCCGCAGCAGCAGCAAGAACAGCAGCAGCAGCAGCAGCAGCAGCAACAGCAGCAGCAGCAACAACAAAGGAGGCGCCAGCGGCAGCAAGAUAAACGAAGAGGGGGGCUCCCGCGUGGCCAGGAGAAUGUCUGCGAGAUGUUUCUUCGCCUUCGGCAGCGGCUGCUGCAGCUGGAGCACCAGCAGCAACAGCAGCAGCAACAGCAACAGCAGCAACGCGCGCGCGGCAGCAGCAACAGCAGCAGCAGUAGCAGCAACAGCCGCAAACAGCUUCUGUCCUGGAUAGAGACUGCAUGUUUCGUUGCAGGAGAUGCGCUUGCUGCAGCAGAGGGCAGCAGCAGCAGCAGCAACAGCAACAGCAACACCAGCCGUCUGGCCGUGGUUGAGGUGUACAUGCACCUCUGGGUUUUGCUGCUGCUGCAUGCGCUGAGAGUUAAGGCGAUUGCUGCUGCCUGCGAGAUGUGUAGUGAGUGCUUUUGCUGCUGCUGCUGCUGCUGCUGCGCUGCAUCGAACGGCAGCAGCAGCAGCACCAGCAGCAGCAACAGCAACAGCAGCAACAGCAGCAACAGCAACAGCAGCAGCGAGGUGCCUCGCACCUACUGUGCGCAGGUGGAGAGACAGCUGAGCAGCAGCAGCUUCUGGCGGACCUGUUUAGAGCGAUACUUCCCCCUUGAAAGUAGCAGACUCAGCACCGUUGCUGCUCUUCAUAAAGGCGUACGACGCCUUACAGCUAAGGGAUCAGACUUGAGUUCUUUGCUACAGCAGCAGCAGCAGCAGCAGCAGGUUCGGCGGGAGCUCGCAAAUGGAGAUAGCUGCGCCGCAACAGCAGCAGCAACAGGGGGAGCAGCAGCAGCAACCGCUGCAGACGGUGCAGCAGGAGCAGCAACAGGAGGAGGAGCAGCAGCAGCAACAGGAGGAGCAGCAGCAGCAGCACGGAUUAGCAGCUUGAGGGAACAGGUGCUGUCGUCUGACCGAUACACCUUGCGUUUGCUGCUGCAGAGCCACAGGACAAGCAGCAUGGAUAGGAAGCAAUAUGAAGAUUUCAGCAGCAAACGCGCUGCACUUAAGUCUGCUGCUGCUGCUGCUCUCGCCACCUUCUUUGCUGCUGCAGCGCCUCCCCUCUUGUCCUCUACUCACAAGCAGCAGCAGCAGCAGCAACAGCAACAACAGCAGCAGCUGCAAACGCAACAGGGAGAUGCGGAUGCUUCUUCACAAGCAGCAGCAGCAACAACACCUGGUGUUGCUGCUGCAGCUGCUACUGAUGUCUCUCCUCCUGAGGGCCUCUCCACAAGUCCUGCUGCUGCUGCUGCUGCUGCUGUUGCUGCUGCUGCUCCCUCCGUCUCAGGGGCAUCUGCCGAAGCCUGUUCUCUCUUUGCAACAGCAGCAGUAGCACCACCUCCGCCAACAGCAGCAGCAGCAGCAACAGCAGCAGCAGCAGCAGCACCACCACCACCAACAGCAGCAGCAGCAGCAGCAGCAGUGACUCUGAACGUCCCCAGCGGGGCAAUGGAAUGCAUCUGUUUUGUCGCGCAGCAGCAAAUGCAUGCAGUUGUAGAGCUAGCCAUGCGGCUUGCUGCUCUCAACGAACAGCAGCAGCAGCAGCAGCAACAGCAACAGGAGCAGCAGCAGCAACAACAGCAGCAGCAAGGUCCUGCGCAGCAACAGUGGGUCCUGCCGCCGGCUGACGUCUUAAUUACCAAGGAAGCAAGUCUGCUUGCGGCGCUUCCCACAAUUGCUGCUAUUGUUGCGACACUGCAGCAGCAGCAGCAACAGCAGCAGCAGCAGCAGCAGCAGCAGGAGCAGCAAAGUGAAGACGAGGGAGCAACGAAGAGCAAGAAGCGUCUGAGAACCAGCAGCGGCGACAGCAGCACCCACCGCAGCAGCAGCAACAGCAGCAGCAGCAACAACAGCAACAUGAUCUACAUCCCUGCAGCAGCUUACGAGACAGCAGUCGGCUUGCUGCUGCAGUUGUGGCUGUUCCCUAUCUUCGGUGUGCAGGGCUGCAUUGAUGCUGCCGAACUUGCAGCAGAAGCGCAGCGCCGAGAAGCUGAAGCGGCCGGGCCACAAGAUGAUUCCGCUUUUGCUGCAUUGUGGGCAGACUUCGUCUCUUCUGCUGUUGAGGCCUACGCUGCAGACGACCUCCAGCAGCAGCAGCAGCAGCAGCAACAGCAGCAGCAGCAGCAGCAGUUCCUGCGGCUUCCUGACGUUGAUCUCUUUAGUUUGUUUUUGUUGUCGCGACUCCACAGCAAGUGGAAAGAGACAGAGGGAGAAGGAGAUAUUGCACAGAUGCACGAGGCUCUUGCUGCAGCAGGGAAGGUGCAUGCGCUGCUGCAUACGCUACAAGAUGUUGCUGCUGCUGCUGCUGGAGGUCACCUGCUGCAGCCGCUCUCGCUGCAGCAGCUGCUGCACCGGCAGCAGCUGCUGCGGCAGCAGCAGCGCUUCGCGAUGUUAAAGAAAACGCUGCUGCUGCAAGAGCAGCAGCAGGAGCAGGAGCAGGAGCAGCAGGAGCAGCAGCAGGAGAAGCAGCAGCAGCAGCACAUACUACAGCCAUCGGCUACUGCCGCCGUUGCUAACAAGGCUGAGCCUGAUGCAGACCCUAAACCCUGA